AUGGCUUUGGAGAAGAGCGUCAGGCGCCUGCGGGAGAAGUUUCAUGGCAAGGUGUCCCCCCAAAAGGCGGGGGCUUUGAUGAAGAAAUUUGGAAGUGAUCAUACGGGUGUGGGACGCUCCAUCGUCUACGGUGUGAAGCAGAAAGAUGGACAGGAACUGAGUAAGGACCUGGAUGCCCAGGACCCACCAGAGGACAUGAAGCAGGACCGGGACAUCCAGGCAGUGGCCACGUCUCUCCUGCCGCUGACGGAAGCCAAUCUGCGCAUGUUCCAGCGCGCCCAGGACGACCUCAUCCCCGCCGUGGACCGGCAGUUCGCCUGCUCCUCCUGCGAUGAUGUUUGGUGGCGCCGUGUACCCCAGCGGAAGGAGGUCUCCAGAUGCCGGAAGUGUCGCAAGCGCUACGAUCCGGUGCCACCCGACAAGAUGUGGGGCCUGGCCGAGUUCCACUGUCCCAAGUGUCGGCACAACUUCCGGUGAGGGCGCGGACCCCGCCCACCCGAGCCCCGCCCACCGC